AUGGAAGUCUAUAAUAAGGUGAUCAAAGAGUAUGACGACAGAAUAAUCAAAGAAGAAGCGCCAGCCUUCGCAAAAAAUAUCAGCCAGCUGCCGCUACGUCGAUACCACACCUAUGAUGACUCUACCCCAGUCCCACUUAACCUUGAACCUGAUGACUUGAGCGAAUUCAUCACGCAUUUUAAGGUUUCCUGGACUACCGACUGUCGUCUAGCAAAUGCACAGAAAUGUGGAGUUCGCUUCCUGCCAGCUCUUGAGUUACGACCGAGGACUGCGUAUUGGGUCCAUACUGAAUGUAAUAUUAGGGCGGAUGAAGAACACAGACUUUCUCACAUUCCUUUUGUCAGCGAAGAUCAUGAUGACAAGCAAUUUUGCGCUGAACUACGAAAAUUGUAUGAUGAGGGAAUACAUGGUGCUGAUCGAGGAUGCGACAAAUAUAUCAAUGAUUACAUAAUGUUCCAAAUGUUGGAGAUAUUGAAAUAUGAUUGGGAGGAUCGUCCGAACUCGGAAAAAAUUAUGGACCAUAUAUACUACGCCAUCUUCAAACUAUUCCCGAACAAACUUUCCCAUCGCCAGCUUGUUACGGCGCGCGGAGACUUAGAGGAAAGGUUUGCGCCAGGCCCUUACGAUGAAGAGGUGAAGCCCUUUAAGCGUCGUCAAGGAGAAAGAGCUCCUAGACCUACACCAUGUGGACCCAACUGUCACUUGUUGGAUACUGCAGAACACCAGGCAACUACCGCUAACGGUAAAGGAGGUGCUUCACCAGUCCCUUCAUCUCCAAGAAAUCGCAAAAGUCAGACAAAUGGUAUACCGCAGACUCCUCCAAGUGCUCGAAAUGGAAAAGUCGCUCCAUUCUCAAAUCCGACUUUGAUGAAUAUCCUUGUAUCCUUGCUAGCUGGAGAGAAGACGUCAAUUUGUAUAAUAACAGCAGAGAUGAAAAUGAUAUGUGAAGAUAUCGGAGCGGAGCCAAAAACUUGUAGAGAGAUCUAUCAGCUUGCUUCUCAGUUGGCUCAAGCUAAUCCUAGUCUUACUCCGGAACAGAAGAAAGUAUCUAUCAAGGACAAACAUCGAUCCUUCCGAUCCUUUACCUGGGCUGACGGUAAAGGACAGGGAGCGGGAUCUGUAGUAAAUUCUGCGGAUGCGCGCAAGAUUGCCGAAUGCGGUUUCCUGGAUGUCGUUGUGCACCAGGUAACUGCCGUACCAAGCAAUGUCAAUGCUAUUUUGCUAGGUGGGAAUGCGAUCCAGAUUUGUGCAAAUCCUGCAAGUGUGGUAAGUAUCUAA